AUGGCUUCUCCAGUAUCACCCCUUCCAAAUCCCAUUCCUCCGCAUCAAUCUUCCAAUUUUGUUAAAACUUAUUCGAAAUCUUAUAAGAUUCCAUCUUGUACACCUCGUAAUUCUUGUAAUUUAUCAUCAACAUUACCAUCACCACCAUCUUCAACGGCAUUGCAAUGUUUGGCACUUGAUUCAAUUACAAUUGAAACUCUCGAUAAUAUAAUAAAUUCAGUUAUAACACCGGAGGAACGUCUCAAAUACGAAAAAAAACUUUUCAUUCCUUUACAAGAUUUAAUCUUCCCUAGUAAUCGACCUAAACGAAAUGCAUCAAGUGCCACGAGAUACCAAAAUAGUUUCAUAAUUUUUCGUAAAGAUUAUCAAGCCCGAGUGACAGCUGAAUUAGGACCGGAAAUUGGAUCGAGACUUAAAGAAAUUUCACAAAAGGCUAGUGUAGAAUGGAGAAAUUUAUCAUCCGAAGAUAAAUAUAUGUACGAUCGAAUUUCCGCUUGUACCAAGAAGUUAAAUGAAAAGAUAUGGCCAAAUUAUUUACAUAAACCAUCAAGAAAAUUUAGUGGAAAUUAUGGUUAUUCUGAUAAUCGAAUGAUUGAUAAUUGA